AUGCCGCGCCGGCUGCCGAGGGUCUGCUCCGGGAACAAGCCUCCUCCCGUGCCCGCCAUGGCACCGGCUACCGAAGGGCUUUGGGCCCACAGCCGGGCGGCGCUUGCCCGCCUGGAGAAGCUGCUGUGCUGCUCCCGCUGUGCUAAUAUACUAAAGGAGCCCGUGUGCUUAGGAGGAUGUGAGCACAUCUUCUGUAGUGAUUGUAUAAGUGACUGUGUUGGAUCAGGAUGCCCAGUGUGUUACACUCCAGCCUGGAUCCUAGACCUCAAGAUAAACAGACAAUUGGACAGCAUGAUCCAGCUUUAUAGUAAACUUCAAAAUUUGCUACAUGACAAUAAAGUUUCAGAUUCAAAAGACGACAAAUCUAGGGCAAGUUUAUUUGGUGAUGCAGAAAGGAAGAAUUCAAUAAAAAUGUGGUUUAGCCCUCGAAGUAAGAAGGUUAGAUAUGUUGUGAAUAAAGUGUCAGUACAAACCCAGCCUCAAAAGACAAAGGAUGACAAAGCCCAGGAAGCCUCAGUGUAUGAAUUUGUUUCUGCAACUCCCCCUGUGGUUGCUUCUAAGAGGGCUAAAACAGCUUCUAGAACAUCUGCAAAAAAGCAUCCGAAGAAGUCUGUAGCUAAGACCAACCAAGAGGGGAAUUUCAGGCCAGAAAAAAAGGAUAGUAGAUUUGAUUCCAAAGAGGAGCUGAAGGAAGAGAAGGUUGUCUCCUAUAGCCAAACGCCAGCUAUUAAGAGUCCACGGGUAAAUGGCGAAAUCGACUUAUUAGCAAGUGGCUCUGUUGUAGAAUCUGAAUGUUCUGGAAGCUUGACUGAAGUCUCUUUACCAUUGGCGGAACAUAUAGUGUCUCCAGACACUGUGAGCAAGAGUGAAGAGACUCCGGAGAAGAAGGUCUGUGUGAAAGAUCUUCGCUCAGUAGGGAAUAAUGGAAAUCGCAAAGGCUGCCAAAGGCCUCCCACUUCUACUUCUAAGAACUGUGGGAGCAAUGUUCUGAGCACCAGCAGAGACAUCAGUGAGCCAACAUUGCUUGCAGAAAACGUAGUGUUGGUUGACUGUUCCUCACUGCCUUCAGGCCGACUUCAGGUUGAUGUCACACUCAGGAGAAAGAGUAAUGCAUCAGAUGAUAGCCUUUCACCGGGCACACCCCCACCUCUGCUGAACAAUUCAACUCACAGACAAAUGAUGUCAAGCCCCUCCACAGUGAAGCUGUCUUCUGGUAUUCCAACUGGGAAAAGAAAUCACAGAGGAGAGACCUUACUUCAUAUUGCUUCUAUUAAGGGUGAUAUACCUUCUGUUGAAUACCUCUUGCAAAAUGGAAACGACCCAAAUGUUAAAGACCAUGCUGGAUGGACACCGUUGCAUGAAGCCUGCAGUCAUGGACACCUGAAGGUAGUGGAGCUGCUGCUCCAGCAUAAUGCCUUGGUGAACACCACUGGUUAUCAGAAUGACUCACCACUCCACGAUGCCGCCAAGAAUGGCCACAUCGAUAUCGUCAAGGUGUUACUGUCCCACGGUGCUUCCAGAAAUGCUGUUAACAUAUUUGGUGUGCGGCCGGUGGAUUAUACAGACAAUGAGAAUAUAAGAUCAUUAUUGCUGCUGCCGGAGAAGAAUGAAUCAUUCUCAACUAGCCAGUGCUCUGUCCUGAAUGUUGGGCAGCGAAAGAAUGGGCCACUGGUACUUAUAGGCAGUGGGCUUUCUUCACAACAACAGAAAAUGCUCAGCAAACUGGAGACAGUUCUUAAAGCUAAAAAGUGUGCUGAGUUUGACAGUACAGUAACUCAUGUCAUCGUUCCUGAUGAGGACGUUCAGAGUACUCUCAAAUGUAUGCUUGGGAUUCUCAGUGGAUGCUGGAUCCUGAAGUUUGACUGGGUGAAAGCCUGUCUGGACAGCAAAGUCCGUGAGCAGGAAGAAAAGUACGAAGUUCCUGGAGGUCCACAGAGGAGCAGGCUCAAUAGAGAGCAGCUGUUGCCGAAGCUAUUUGAUGGAUGCUACUUCUUUUUGGGGGGAAACUUCAAGCAUCAUCCAAAGGAUGACCUCCUUAAGCUCAUCGGAGCCGCAGGAGGCAAAGUCCUCAGUAGGAAGCCCAAGCCAGACAGCGACGUGACCCAGACCAUCAACACAGUUGCAUACCAUGCCAGGCCUGAUUCUGAUCAGCGCUUCUGUACGCAGUACAUCAUCUAUGAAGAUCUGUUUAACUGUCACCCAGAGAGGGUUCGGCAGGGCAAAGUCUGGAUGGCUCCUUCCACCUGGCUUAUCAGCUGUAUAAUGGCCUUUGAAUUGCUUCCUCUUGAUAGCUGAAUGUCAUACCAGGUGUACAUUUUAAGUUGAACAUGCAUGGUUUGUGAGAACACGGCCAUUGUGAUAUAUUUCAUCAUUCAUGUUUUUAUGGACAGGUAGAACUAUUUGUGUUUCCUCCCCCUUAGACUUGCAAACUUAGAUAAUUGAUCGUAGGUUAGGGAUUCAUUUAGAUGCCUAAACCACUUUUAAGAUUUUUUUUGUUUUCUUUUGAGGUUUGGGGCUAUAACUCAAGUGUUAGGGUCUUCAUCAACCACGCAUGAGGACAGGUUCCAGACUGGGAACGUAUUUUACAAGUGGCCUGUGGUUUUUGAUUGAUCAUGUCUUUCAGCUUUAUCAACAUCUGUCGAUGAUUAAUAAGUGAGAUAGCAUCAAACUACUUGUUAAAUCUACAUGGUCUAUCACUAAUUUAGCAUCCUUUAGUAAACAGAAUAU